GCUCCUUCAUCGCUCGACCCCAAACUCCUCCGCUUUAGUCCAGAGGAAACCAGGAUGCCGGAGGAUCGCCGUGUCGCGGUGGACGGCGGAGGCCCCGCCGGAGACGAAGAUAUCACCGAUCUCCUCCCUCUCCCCCUCGUCCGAUCCCAGCUGAUUCCCCCUGCUCCCAACCGCCGCGCGUCGGCGAUCGACUGGCUGCCGGACUUCGGCGGUGCCUCGUGGAUCGCGUACGGCGCCGCCUCUCUUAUCGUCAUCUCCCACUUCCCGUCCCCUCUCUCCCCCCAUGAAACCCUAGUCGGUCCUUUCUUCCAGCAGGUCAUCGACCCGCCGGUCUCCGCUGCCGGAGACGGCCCCGCAGCCGUGAACGCCGUCGCCUGGUGCCCUUCCCGCCCGUCCGAAGGAGAGAUCGCGGCGGCCUUGGGGAGUAGCAUCUGGAUGUACUCGCCGGUCCUCGACAACGAAUCCGGUUCUUUCUGUUGGAAGCAGACUGUGGACAUUUCAGAGACCUUUACAAUAGAGGCCAUCGAAUGGACAGGUUCUGGUGAUGGGUUGAUUGCAGCUGGUAUUGAGGUGGUUUCAUGGAUAAGAAGGAGCACCUCUUGGGAAAUGGCAUGGAAGUUGAGAGCAAAGGUGCCUCAAUCUCUUGUUUCUGCAACCUGGUCUGCUGAAGGACCUGUAGCAACAGCUGCUUAUUCAUUGGUUCAUUCCAGUGGAAUAAGUGCAGAAGUAUUCUCUUUUUCAAGAGAGGAACAUAAGUGUGUUUCAGUCUAUCACAGGGAUGGGAGUUCUGGAAUAACAGAAGUUCAGCUCCAUCAUCCUCAAUCUGUUUCAAUGAUUCAGUGGAGGCCAACCACUGGGACACAAUUAGAAAAGGAUGCUUCACUUGCAUCAAGGGAUGUGCUGUUGACAUGCUGCUUAGAUGGAACUGUAAGACUGUGGAGCGAGAUUGACAAUGGGAGGGCUAGAAAAUUCAAUAAGGAAGCACAUGAUCUGAAGACAAGAAGACAAUCUUACCAUGUUAUUGCAGUAAUUGAAAUAAACCAGUUUUUGAGGGGAACUCUUGGAGUAGACAUUUUCAUAAAAUGGGCAAUUGAAUUUGGUGGUGUAAUUUGUAAAGGUGAAGGAGAUAGUAUAUAUUUAUCAUCGGUUGGUUCUGAUCAUGAUCAGAUUGGCAAAUGUGAGUGGUUGAUAAGUGUAGGCCCUAGAUCCUCUGUUACUUACUGGGCAAUCCAUUGCCUUGAUGACAUUUCCCCCCCACGUUCUCCACGGGUGACUUUGUGGAAAAAACAAAACAUAGUGGAUUUAAAAGGGUGCAAUUUUUCUGAUUCUGACUUCUCAAAUUCUAAAGACCAGCCUAUCCUUGUUAAAGUUGUUGAUUCAAGGAGCUUGCUUUGUGGCCCACCUGAGAUGUGCUCUUUGCUUCAGUUGUUGCCCAAUAGUUCAGUCCGUUGGUCACAGUUAUAUAAUCCCCUGCCAAAUGAUACAGAGGAUAAAUCUUUAUGUAAAUUCAGUAAGGAAAGAAGUCUUUCAUGUUUUUCAGGUGGAGUUCUAAAUCAAGAUGGACACACAGGGAACAUCAUACAAGUUGCACUGCAUCCAUAUAGUUGUGAAAUUGAACUUGCUGUUUCAUUGGAUUCUGAUGGUUUUCUUCUUUUCUGGUCCCUUUCUGCCUUCUCCAAUUGCACCUUGAGUAUGCAAACAGUUGCACAUCCUGUAUGGAAACUUUUGGGGAAAGUUACCUUACGAGAUCUAUCCACUGAUAUUGGAUAUUCAUGUCUGACCUGGGCACCAUCAAUUUUGCAUGAUGAGCGGUUCCUUCUCCUGGGAAGUGCAGAUGGAAUUGAUUGUUUUAUUGUUAAAAUUUCUGAAAAAGGGGACAAUGUGUUAUGUCAGAAGAUGUUCACGAUUCCCUUUUCUGGCUGUAACCAUGGAGGACCACCAGAUUGCAUUUAUUCAACACCUUUAGCUUCCAAAUGUGGGCUAUCUUUUCUUUCUAAUAGUUUCUUGUUAUUUUGUGUAUGGACGACGAAGUUUCAAGCUUUAUCAUGGAAAGUUGCACUGCACUCUGAAUCUCCAUCUGGAAGCAACGGGCGAUGCGGCUGUGAUGCCAAAGGCAUUGCCAGUUCAGAAGAAGGGAGAUAUGUAAGUUCUUUUGAAGGUCAAGUGUACCAUGCUGCCAUUUACCCAGGCUCAUCAGACUUACCAGCUCCUCAAAAUUGUGAUCAGAUUACCAGUGUUGCUGUAGUUUCCUUGGAUAAUUCUAUACUACCUAUCCAACAAUCUGCAGCUUCUUAUGGUGGUUUAUGUAGCGAGACUGUUAGUUACCACAUGGCUACAGGCUGCUCUGAUGGCACUUUGAAACUUUGGAAAAUGUCUUAUGCAGAAUCUCCUAUUCAUUCCGAGCCGGAAAGGCUCCUUUGGAAGCUAGUUGGAAUGUUCACAGCACAUCAGGGCCCGGUUAGUGCAAUUUCUUUAUCUAUUCAUGAUAGUAAAAUUGCGACUGUCAGCAUGAAUGGUCAUAAUAGCACUGCAAGGCUUCAUAUCUGGGAAUCCAUAUGCCUGAUAGGUAGUGGGGGUUUUCUGUUAGAAGAUGCAAUAAUAUUAAAAGGGCCUGUUAUUGCUAUAAAUUGGUUAUCUAUUGGUAAUGGCCAGUUGUUGCUCGGAGUCUGCCUACCAAAUGAGUUCCAUGUAUAUUCUCAGAAAACAUCUUCUGAUCAGAAUAUGGUAAAAUCGGAGGGAUUGAAGGAGAUGCAUGUUUGGUAUUGUCUUGCACUAUUUCAUUCUUACCCUGUUUCUAAAAAUUUCCUCUGGGGAUCAAAGGUGACUCCUGUGCUUGUUCACGAGAAACAUAUUUCUGUCUUAAGUCAGUGGCUAUUCAGAGCAGAAACAAAGCAAUCAAAAAAUGCGAGUAAUAAGGAAAAUGGCCUCAAGGACCGCACUUUCUGUUCAGAGAUGUCCCAGGAACAAUAUUAUUCUGAUACCAAAAGGGGUUUGCUCAGCAUGAUAGAUAUAGCAGAUAGGCUACAUGCAUAUUUAGUGGUUUAUCACCCCAGGGCACUCAUUGAAUAUCUGUAUUCAGGUAAUUGGAGACAUGCACAAGUUGUUCUGAAGCAUCUGGUUGAAUCUAUCAAGUCUAAUGAAACUUCCACUACUAUUCUGGGGAGCAAUAAUUGGACAUUUUGCCAUAACAUUCUAGAGAUUCUUUUAUCUAAAUAUUCUGAGGACACUAUCUCUAAAGAGUUAUGCAAUAAAAGGUUACAAUGGGGUCGAGAUGUUAGUUCUGAAGUAUCUAGUUUGCAGUUCCAAGGAAACAUGAGCUGGUCUAUGGCAGGUGAUUCAAUGGCUAAUGCUCCUAAAAAAAUUUCUACUGCCACCUCUUGGAAAUCCGAGUUCAUUUAUUCUCUCGAGAACUCUCAUGACAUUUCUUUCAUUAAAGACAUGGAAAGAAUCCAAAUCCUUGCAGUUGUUGAUCUUCUGGGUGAAAUUGGUGAUUCAAGCCAUGCUUCUGCCUAUGAAAGUCUUGACGAACCUGGGCGAAGGUUCUGGGUUUCUGUCCGAUUUCAACAACUAUUUUUUCUUCGAAAAUAUGGGAGAUUGGCUGCUGCAGAAGAGUUUGUUGUCGACUCUGGGUUGGUUGCAUGGGCCUUCCAGUCUGAUUGUCAAGAUGAUUUGCUGAAUUCUGUUCUAUCUGCAGAACCGUCUUGGAUAGAAAUGCGAAAUUUGGGUGUGGGACUGUGGUAUAUGAAUGCGUCACAACUGCGAACAAGGAUGGAGAAAUUGGCAAGAUUGCAAUAUCUGAAGAAAAAGGACCCAAAGGACUGUGCACUUCUAUAUUUAGCAUUGAAUCGACUUCAAGUUUUGGCUGGCCUUUUUAAAAUUAGCAAAUAUGAGAAAGAUAAAUUGCUGGUUGGAUUUCUUUCACGCAAUUUCCAGGAAGAAAAAAAUAAAGCUGCUGCACUGAAGAAUGCCUAUGUUUUAAUGGGAAGACAUCAGUUGGAGCUUGCCAUAGCAUUUUUCCUGCUAGGAGGUGACCCUUCUUCUGCUGUCACAGUCUGUGCAAAAAACCUUGGGGAUGAACAACUUGCUCUUGUCAUUUGUCGACUUAUUGAGGGUUAUGGAGGGUCACUAGAGCGUCAGCUUAUAUCAAAUAUUUUGCUUCCUAAUGCCAUUGAGAAAGGGGACUACUGGCUUUCCAGCCUAUUUGAAUGGACUUUAGGGAAUUAUUCUGAUUCAGUCAAGGUACUAUUUGAUUUGCACAAUGAGUCACUGAUUGAUAAGUCUGUAACACUGUGUGACCGUCCUGCCUUUUCAGACCCAAAUAUUGGUCAAUACUGUGUUGUUCUUGCAGCCAAAAAUAGUUUCAGAAAUUCUGCUGGUGAUGUUCUGGCUAUGAUUUUGUCUAAGUUUGGAAGAUUGUUGGCUGCAAAAGCCUUAGACAGAUGCGGACUCCCUCUUGAAGCAUUGGAGUGCUUAUCCUCUUCUUUAAUCAUUGAGGGUAAAGAUCGAGGCAGUUUGAUAGAUAUUGCAAGUCACAAGAUUUUUCAUGGAAUACUGAAUCCUUUCUCUAGUGGUGCUUGCAACUGGCUACUGGGAGAUGUGGCUCUUGAAUUGGAAUCUAAUGUUAAGUUAAAUAUGGCAUUGCAAUACAUAUCAAAAGUGCUAAGGGAUCAUCCAAGAUGGCCUCUCAGUAAUCUAGUCUCGUCCAGAGAAAUGAUUAUCUACAAGAAGCAUGAUACUUACCAAGAUGAAACUCAGACAGGAGAGUUGAAACAUUACCUGAACAGGCUAUUGUUCACGUUUGAACAGAAGUUCUCAUCGAACUCAGUUGACUUAGCCAACAUGAUCCUAAUUUUUGCCUGCAACAAGGAAUUAUUAUUUCUUGGAUACCUAAUGUUACAAGUCAAUAUUUCUCAAGAAGAUGAAAAUGAUCAUCAUGGUCCUCGAAGUCCUUUCUUAAAUCCUGCUCUUCCCAGGCUGCUUUUGAAGGCAAGCAGGGAAAUAUCCUAUUUUGUUGCUCGAUAUGUUGUCUUCUGUUGUUUCUCUGAUUCUGUACUGAAGCUGGUUUACAACAGAGAUUUCACAUCUGAAAAGGACAUGUAUGGUCUGGUUCAUACUAGGGAUUGUGUUCUGCAAAGUAUAAUCUACCAAUUGAGGAUUUUCAGGUUAAUUUUAAAGCAGUAUGAUAGAGAAUAUUCUACAGAAGGUGUUGCUUUAAAUUCCCGUUCUGUUCUUGAUCUUGUUGAAUAUUGUAUAUUUUUUUCAUCCACUUGGUUUAGGAGACAUUUGAAAGGACUGAUCUUGAUGAUCCAUCCAAUUUUAAAUGCAUUUGUCAAUGGCCAGUCCUCGUUAGGAGGUAUGGCAGGUGAACUAAUGAAAGCUUUACAUCAGACAUCAGAGUUGAUGUUUCAUGAUGCAUCAGGAGAUAGCAUGGGAUUUAUCCCAGAUGCUAUUUGCCAACAAAAGCAGCUUGAACAAAGCAAUUCUUUAAUGCCUUCCAUAUCAGAAGAUGAAAAGUGGCAUCUUGUAGGGGCUUGUUUAUGGAUGCAUCUGUCAAAUUUCAUGAAGAACCACUUUAGCAAGUUCCCAGUGACUGAAAGGCCCAAAGAUGAGAACAGUAUCAUGGAUCUGAUAAGUCUAUUCCCCCUUACUGUUGCUAAGUUACUAGCAGCCUCAUUGUCUUAUGUUUCCUCUUCUUUAGUAAAACAGCUUGCAUCAUUCCUUAGAUGGAAAGCACUAAAGGGUUUACCUGUAACUACCAUUGUAUGGUUAGAUGAGUGUAGUCAGUCUCAACCAGGCUUCUUACAUCAUUAUUUAAAUCAGGAAGUUGCUACUUCACAAUUGCCCAUUGAGGACAGCAAAUCCUUUUUCAACAUGUUGAGGGAAAUUUCUUUGAAUCCUCAGGAUAUUUGUGCAGAGUUUAUAAAAGAAAGAGUUCCUUGUUUUCCCUGUACUAGCAGGAAGCUCUUUUCAUCCUGGAAAGAUAUGCACGCGGAUAUCUUUGCUGAGUAUGAAAAUGCUGCUUCAACAAACAAUAGAUUGGAAGAUAGUUGCACUGGUAGCAUUCCUAAUGACGGAGCAAAAUCAAUUCGUAGUGGCAGGGUCUUGGACACAGAUGGCUUUGUGGAAACAAGAUGGAAAUGUUCAAGUUCCCCAAGAGACGCUACUUAUUUUUGCAAUCCAAAGGAAGUUGCUAAGAGAAGUGGGGAACUUAUUGAGGCAAUUUGUUUCAACUCCAUCAAUGAGCAACAAGUUGCGCUUGCAAGCAACCGAAAGGGACUUCUUUUCUUCAACUGGAAAGCAGAAAAACCUUUGAAAGAGCAAGCAGAUUAUAUCUGGUCGGAGUCUGAUUGGCCACAAGAUGGGUGGGCUGGUUGUGAAUCUACACCAAUUCCUACUUAUGUUUCUCCAGGUGUUGGUCUUGGGAGCAAAAGAGGGGCACACCUGGGGUUGGGUGGAGCAACAGUGGGCAUAGGCUCUUUGGCAAGACCAGGGAGAGACUUGACGGGAGGUGGAGCUUUUGGAAUUCCAGGUUAUGCUGGUAUUGGAGCCUCAGGUCUUGGCUGGGGGGAACAAGAAGAUUUUGAUGAGUCUAUGGACCCUCCAGCAACUAUAGAAAACGUUCGCACCCGAGCAUUAUCCUGUCAUCCUUCAAGGCCUUUCUUUUUAGUUGGAUCUACCAACACACAUGUCUACCUUUGGGAGUUUGGUAAGGAUAGAGCUUUGGCAACCUAUGGUGUUCUUCCUGCUGCUAAUGUUCCCCCACCUUAUGCGCUUGCCUCAAUAUCUGCCUUGCAAUUUGACCAUUGUGGACACAGAUUUGCUACUGCUGCAUUAGAUGGCACAGUAUGCACAUGGCAACUUGAGGUUGGAGGGAGGAGCAAUGUCCAUCCCACUGACUCGUCCCUCUGCUUUAGCAACCAUGCAUCGGAUGUUGCAUAUGUGGCUGCGAGUGGGUCAAUUAUUGCUGCAGCUGGAUGUAACUCAAAUGGCGUCAAUGUUGUUGUGUGGGACACAUUGGCUCCACCAGCAACAUGUCAAGCAUCUAUUAUUUGCCAUGAAGUGCAUCUUUUAAUUGCAAGUACCUGUUUUUCAUAUGAAGGUGGUGCUCGCUCUCUUUCGGUGUUUGAUAAUGAUGUAGGAAGCGGGUCAAUUUCACCCCUAAUAGUAACAGGGGGAAAAGGUGGUGAUGUAGGGCUGCAUGACUUCCGCUUCAUUGCCACUGGAAAGACCAAGCGGCAUAGGCAUUCUAACGAGCAUGAUUACCAGCCCUCUACCUUGCAUGAGAUGAACUCAGGGACUUCCAAGUAUGGUGAAAAUACCAAUGGAAUGGUAUGGUAUAUACCAAAGGCUCAUUUAGGAAGUGUCACCAGGAUUUCAACUAUCCCGAAUACUAGCUUGUUCUUAACUGGCAGCAAAGAUGGCGAUGUGAAACUUUGGGAUGCCAAAAGAUCCCAAUUAAUUUUUCAUUGGCAAAAACUGCACGAACGGCAUACUUUUCUUAAAUCAAACUCCAGAGGCUUUGUGAGGGCUGCUGUGACAGACAUUCAAGUCUUUUCCCAUGGUUUUCUUACGUGUGGUGGAGAUGGUUCUGUAAAACUGGUCCAGCUCAAAUAAUCUCUCACACAAAAGUUUCAUAAAAUCUAAAAGAAGAAAAGAGACCUCCCUUCAGAUUGAGUAUGGGUUGAAUGGAUUUUCCCCAUUGAGCUUCAUCAAGAACCUUCGAGAUCAUCUACCACUCAUGAUGCAGCCUGCCAGGACAAAUAUCAAAGUCUCUUUCCAUGAUUUUCUUGGGUACAAUGGAGAUGGUUCUGUCGAAGUGGUCCAGCUCAAUUAAUUUCUUAGACCAAAGUUUGGCAUAAACCAAAAGAAGAAAAGAUCACCCUUUAGAUUGAAUGGGUUUAAAUUUAUUUUCCCCAGCAAGCUUCAUUGAAAGCCUUCAAAAUCAUUUCAGAUCUCAUCCAGUAUUAUUAUUGGAAGUUAAUGGGCAUUCAACCAUCAAGUCCAAGUAUUUCAACUCAUUUUAUAUCUUUAGAAGUCCCACAUUCUAACUUUUCUUCAGUACAGGUACCUGCCAGCAACUGUGGUUUCUUAUGAUCUCCUAUUCAUAUCUUUGGGCUAUGGCCAGUAUGUUUUCAAUGCUGCUGAAAUGAGUUGUAUCGUUAUCAAUUGGCACAGCUAUAUCAUCUCAAACUGCAAUCUUUUAGACAUUCGGCAAAUGAGGUGGGGCCAUUAUGCUGGGGUAAUACCUGACAGAUUAGCAGCGCUUGACCUAAUUUAUUUUGAUCCACCUGAUAUGACCUUCUCUAUUGGAUUGUAUACCAAUGGGAGCUUGACACGUUAGCCAGCAUAGAUUUGCUCUCAGACUUAUUAGAAGUCGAACACCUAACCUUUGCUUCUGGUACCUGUAUCUGCUUUUCUUGCCAGCAGCAUGUCUACGGCAGCUUGUUUUGUUAUCAAUUUCAUUCUGAGUAUGUAUGAUCUCAAUGCGGGGGAUGCUCAGUUCAUUGUAACAAGUAUUUUGUACAAAAUCUGUCAGCUUGCAUGUGCAUAUCUAGACUGAGUAGGGACAGAUCAUCUAUGUCUAUUAUUUGCUGAAUCUUUUUUCCUUUUGCAUGUUAGUUUUGCAGGUUAGUUCUAUAUUCCUAGUUAGGGUUAAAUCAUGUAACCCUCUAUCUCGUAUUCCUUUAUUGGGGGUAUUUAGCGUCCUCAAUAAGUACUCCCUGGAUUGAAUUCUCUGCGCCAAGUAUUUCUCCUUUUGGGCACGAUUGUUGGUCCGAAUUGUUGGGUUGAACCUACUAGUCUAUCCCACCAGAUUGCUGACCAUGGAACAGUUCAUUGAUACUUAUGGUUGUCAGAUCAACACCGAUCGAGCGGGCCAAUGCUUCAUGGAGGCACAGAAGACCCAAUUCUGUUGGCACAUGGAACUUUGAGCUGGUUUCCCUUCCUCUCGUGUUUAAGGUUGCAUGGUUGGGGGGAGUGGGGCCGGUGGAUCGGUUAAGAUGAUGUGGUAUGUUUGUAUUUGUAUCUUCUUAGAUCAAUAAACCAUGUUUACUUGGAUGAUUCUCUGAUCGGCGUGGUAAUUUCUCUGAUCGGGUUCCUUGGUGAUUUGGAUUCCCCUUGUAAAUAGAUGGUUUAAGGGCUGCUUGGCCAUGGUUUUCUCUUGCUUUUUUAGGUGCCUCUACUUCCCCGCGUGCUUUCUUUCUUAGAGUAUUUCCAUUGUGGGUGUUUAUUGCACGAAGUUCCCUCCGGUCACAUGUGUGCCGGAGCCUUGGCAGCCCCUGAGCAAUAGGUCAUGGGUGCUCUGGACUCAAGAGUGCAAAGAGGUAUGUGUGCUUGAUCUCGAGAGGUUCUCAACAUCAUGAAAGGACUUUCAAGAGGUUGUAGUGAUGAUUUUGGGGGGUUUUGCCAUCCCAAUUCUAUUGUUCUCCAGCUCGCUAGCAACUCUAGCAUUGCGAGAUGGAGAUGGGACGGGAGUGGAUUGGAUUAUCUGCGAUGCAUAUUAUGGCUUCUUGUGACAGCCAUCCAUCUCCAAAACGCGUGGGGGCUAUCUCAACUCGUGAAUGGAGAAUUUCAACGCAAGUCAUGCUUGGUACCAUAUAAAUACAGGCAUACAUACUUGGUAUUUGUCUAAUAGUAAAAUAAGAAACAUAACGAAAGUCAUCUAUUGAUGCCUGUGAAUUGGCAAAGCAAUUUCAACUAUUUUUCUUAUA